AUGGCUUCCGAAACUACCCGCCAAUCUUAUCCUCCUCUUCACUUUGUUCUUUUCCCUUUCAUGGCUCAAGGCCACAUGAUCCCCAUGGUCGAUAUUGCAAGGAUCUUGGCUCAGCGUGGUGCGACCGUAACAAUUGUCACUACGGCUCACAACGCAGCGAGGUUCAAGAAUGUUCUAGGCCGUGCCAUCCAGUCCGGUUUGCCCGUUAGGCUGGAGCAUGUGAAGUUUCCAUCUCAAGAAGCUGGUUUGCCGGAAGGACAAGAGAAUGUAGAUUCGCUUGACUCAUUGGAGUUGUUGGUACCUUUCUUUAAAGCCGUUAACAUGCUCGAAGAUCCGGUCAUGAAGCUCAUUGAAGAUAUGAAACCUAGACCAAGCUGUCUAAUAUCUGAUUUUUGUUUGCCUUAUACAAGCAAAAUCGCCAAGAAGUUCAAUAUCCCGAAGAUCGUUUUUCAUGGGGUAUCUUGCUUUUGUCUGUUGUGUAUGCAUAUUAUACACGGAAACUCCGAGAUCAUAGAGGCUGUAAAGUCGGACAAAGAGUAUUUCUUGGUUCCUGGUUUUCCUGAUAGAGUUGAAUUUAAGAAACCUCAAGUUACUGUGGUAACAAAUGCUAAUGGAGAUUGGAAUAAAAUCUUGGACGAACAGGUAGAAGCGGAUAACACAUCAUAUGGUGUGGUCGUCAACACAUUUCAAGAGCUCGAAGACGCUUAUGUGAAAGACUACAAGGAGGCUAGGGGUGGCAAAGUAUGGUCUAUUGGACCCGUUUCCUUGUGCAACAAGGUGGGAGCAGACAAAGCUGAAAGGGGAAACAAGGCGGGCAUUGAUCAAGAUGAGUGUAUUAAAUGGCUUGAUUCUAAAGAAGAAGGGUCGGUGCUAUAUGUUUGCCUUGGAAGCAUAUGCAAUCUUCCUCUAAUUCAGCUCAAGGAGCUCGGUCUAGGUCUCGAGGAAUCUCAAAGACCUUUCAUUUGGGUCAUAAGAAGUUGGGAGAAGUAUGAUGAGCUAGGUGAGUGGAUCUUGGAGAGCGGUUUCGAAGAAAGAACUAAAGAGAGGGGGCUUCUCAUCAAAGGAUGGUCGCCUCAAUUGCUUAUCCUUUCACAUUCUUCUGUUGGAGGAUUCUUGACACACUGUGGAUGGAACUCGACUCUUGAAGGAAUCACCUCGGGAGUUCCACUGAUCACUUGGCCAUUGUUUGGAGACCAAUUCUGCAACCAGAAACUAGUCGUGCAGGUGCUAAAAGCAGGUGUAGCUGUCGGGGUUGAAGAGGUCAUGAAAUUUGGAGAUGAGGAGAAAAUUGGAGUGUUGGUAGAUAAAGAAAGAGUGAAGAAUGCAGUAGAAGAAUUAAUGGGUGAGAGUGAUGAUGCCAAGGAGAGAAGACGAAGAGCCAAAGAGCUUGGAGCAUUAGCUCACAAUGCUGUGGAGGAAGGAGGCUCUUCUCAUUCUAACAUUACAUUCUUCUUACAAGACAUAAUGCAACUAGCACAAUCCAAUAAUUGA